GCCGUGACGCAGCCGGUCCGCCGCGCGAGGAAGUGGCGCUGUUGUUGGAGCGACGGGAGCGUCUCGCUGUGUCUCGCGGCUCGAUCUGAGGAGGUUUACCGUGUCUCGAGUAAUGGCUGCUGAGGUGAAUGGCAGCUCCAGUCUGCUCAAAGAAGAAGAGGAGCCCAUGGAUGUGACAGCCACACACACAGAGAACUACCAGACGCUGCUGGACGCCGGUCUGCCGCAGAAGGUCGCCGAGAGCCUGGACAACAUCUUCCAGACAGGGCUGGUGGCGUACGUGGAUCUGGACGAGCGGGCGCUGGAUGCGCUGCGGGAGUUUAAUGAGGAGGGAGCGAUGUCAGUGCUGCAGCAGUUCAAGGAGUCCGACCUCUCACACGUGCAGAAUAAGAGCGCCUUCCUGUGCGGCGUGAUGAAGACGUACCGACAGAGAGAAAAGCAGGGCAAUAAAGUGCAGGAGUCCACGAAAGGCCCAGACGAGGCCAAGAUAAAGGAUCUGCUGGAGAGGACGGGAUACACUCUAGACGUCACGACAGGCCAGAGGAAGUACGGCGGCCCUCCUCCAGAGGAAGUGUUUUCCGGCCCGCAGCCCGGCAUCGGCACCGAGGUGUUUGUGGGGAAGAUCCCGCGGGAUCUGUACGAGGACGAGCUGGUUCCUCUGUUUGAGAAGGCCGGCUCCAUCUGGGAUCUGAGGCUGAUGAUGGAUCCGCUCACCGGCCAGAACCGCGGCUACGCCUUCAUCACCUUCUGCAGCAAAGAAGCCGCGCAGGAGGCUGUCAAACUGUGUGAUAACUACGAGAUCCGGUCGGGCAAAUAUCUGGGCGUCUGCAUCUCUGUGGCCAACAACCGUCUGUUCGUCGGGUCCAUUCCAAAGAACAAGACCCGGGAGAGUAUCCUGGAGGACUUCGGCAAAGUCACAGAGGGUCUGCAGGAGGUCAUUCUGUACACACAGCCGGAUGAUAAGAGGAAGAACCGCGGCUUCUGUUUUCUGGAGUAUGAGGAUCAUAAGUCGGCGGCUCAGGCACGGCGCAGGCUCAUGAGCGGGAAGGUGAAGGUGUGGGGGAACCCUGUGACCGUGGAGUGGGCCGACCCCGUCGCGGAGCCUGACCCCGAGGUCAUGGCCAAGGUGAAGGUGCUGUUUGUGCGUAAGCUGGCCACGCCGGUCACGGAGGAGCUGCUGGAGAACACCUUCUCUCAGUUCGGCAAACUGGAGCGCGUCAAGAAGCUGAAGGACUACGCCUUCGUUCACUUCGAGGAGCGAGACGCCGCAGUCAAGGCGAUGCAGGAGAUGAACGGGAAGCAGCUGGGCGGUGAGCAGAUCGAGAUCGUGCUGGCCAAACCUCCAGAUAAGAAGAGGAAAGAACGACAAGCUGCCCGACAGACCAGCAGAAGCUCAGGGUAUGACGAGUAUUAUUACUACCCUCCCCCCCGCAUGCCUCCUCCGGGGCGUGGCCGCGGGCGCGGUGGGCGGGGCGGAUAUGCCUACCCGCCCGAUUACUACGGUUACGAGGAGUACUACGACGACUACUACGGUUACGAUUACCACGACUACCGAGGCGGCUACGAUGACCCCUACUACGCUUACGACGAUGGCUACUCCAUGAGGGGGCGGGGCAGUGGGCGGAGCCGUGGAGCUCCGCCUCCCCCCAGAGCCCGCUCGGCUCCGCCCACCCGCGGCAGAGGCGGGUAUCCCCCGAGGGGCGGGGCUCCCAUGGGCGGGGGAAGGGGCCGUGGCGGGGGAAGGGGCGGGCCCUUCCAGGCCCCCCGGGGCCGCGGCAUCAGAGGCGCGCGAGGAAACCGCGGCGGAAACGUGGGCGGGAAGAGGAAGGCAGACGUGUUUAACCAGCCGGACUCCAAACGCCGUCAGACCAACCAGCAAAACUGGGGCUCGCAGCCCAUCGCCCAGCAGCCCCUGGGCUCCGACUACGCCGCCGGCUACGGCUACAGCAACGACUCGCUCGAGUUCUCCCAGGACUCCUACGGCCAGCAGUGGAAGUAGACGCGCAGCCCGCCCUCGUCCUGAGAAACUAGACCGUGAUUGGCCAGCUGUGUUUGUUUGACUUUUCUAUCCUCCAGUAGCCCUGUAGAUUCUGUCCGUGGCCCCGGUGGGACGCUUGUCUUAAACGGACACAACACUUUUAUUCCCACAUCCUCCUUGUUUUAAACUCCACCAUGAGCGUUUUAAAGAAGACACUGAUACUUCCGAGCAAGCGUGCGCGUGAAAGGACGUUCAAAUCAUGAAAUGGCCUUCCAGAAAGAUGUCGUCCUUCCCGCAGUCCUCCGUUCUCAUCGUCUCUCUCUCUCAGUGCUAGUGGCAUAGGGACUCGCGUGUAAAUAAUAGCUGUCGACUAGAGCUUCGUUUCAGCUUUUUGUUUUACUUUUGUCUGGUUUUUUUGCAGAAGUGGAGAAAAUAAUCCACGAGAAGGAAAAAAAAAAAAAAGUUUUGUAGCAGGAGUGCUGUUUAGGUGUCUGUUUAGCAUUUCUAGAAGUAGUUGAAUUGUGUUUUUUAAAAACUGGUAUACUGAUAUUAUAACUUCAGAUGUUUUUUUCCAUUUGGGAUUUGCUGGUGAGGGUUUGGUCUGGCUUACCUUAAGAGCUAUGGCCGGCUGGUCAGAUGUUUGUAUUUAUAACUUUUAUUUUUUGUUUGUUCAGUUUCAAUAAAACUCAAUCGAGC